AUAACUGAAAUUCUUUGUUGCAAUAAAUAUCGCUAAUAACUAAAAAUGAAAGUCUUGGCAAUUCUCAUGUUGUUUGCUAUGGUGGCCCUGGCAUACAGUGUGCCCUGGGCUGGCCAUGGCUACGGUCGCUUUGGAUCGGCUUAUGGUUACAAGAUUGCACAUCCACUCUACUCGGUCUCACAUUAUGGCUACGCUCCGGUGCAUGGUUACUUGGGAGGUCAUGGAGGUUAUGGUGGUUAUGGUGGUCAUGGAAUAGGUUAUGGUGGUCAUGGAUAUGGUUAUGGCGGUUACGGA